GGAAAUCGAUGCUAUCAUUGCUUAGCAAAAUUUCCACUAUGGUCAAUUGCUUCUUUUCGUUUUCAACAAAGUAGCGGAUUGCAUUUAAAUCAGGUUAUGCCAGUCCGCUUUUCUUUCAAGUUUCUCUCGUGACGUCGACAAGCGAAAAAAAAUGUGAUCGGUGAUGGAAUUGGGCCAUCAGUCAGUCAGACAGCCAGCCAAGAACCGGCCCAGCCUGGCAAUUUUUUUUUCUGUGUCUCUGUCUUUUAUCUGUUCAAAGUAUGCCAAAUCAACACAACUUUUCGCAAGGAGACUCAUCCAACAUUCUAGAUUCGUAUGAAUCAACAGAAAAUGCGCUGAUGGAUUCUUUCAAGGCUGCGGCUUUGAAAGUCACAACUUUGUACAAAGACUCCUUAGUACAAAAUCGAAAAGCGUACGCAGCAGGCUAUCAGCAAGCGCUUCAAGAUCUGUACGGAUUCAUCACCUCCCAUCCAGGUGUUAGUGUUCGCAAUCAUCAAAAUGAACAAAGUUUGGCACCGAUCGAGCAAGGUCUUGUCCCGGUUGAAGAUUUACUCAAUUUUGCUAGAAGUAAAAAUGCGCAAUUGACCUACGAGAUUCGAGGUGCUAACCCAAGUGUGGAGGAACCGAUGAACCAGGAAUCACAAGCAAACACAUCUACUGCACAUCAACGAUUUGACGGACCACGAUCUGCACCACCACCAGCACCACAACCGGCCAGUGCCGCACCUCAACCCACCAGUACAGAAUUUUUUACUUCGCCUAGCCCGCAGCAACAGCAACAAUCCUCCACUGACACUGCCACAGCAAAAAGUUCAUUCAAUCCCUUUCAGAUAGAUCCCAAUACUCAAUUCACCUUUACCGUUCCAUCGGAUGUUUCGACGACGAUGCGGCCUACGUACACAGACUCGAUGUCUUUGGACAAUCAAGAUGUUGCCAUGGAUGGCCUCAAGCGACGAUUCGUUACCCCCGAGUUCACCUUCAUGGGUCGUCCAUUCAAUAUUAACAUAGAUAAUGGUCAUGAACCACCAUUCAAGCGGGUUCGACCAAAGCGAGAUGAUUGAUGCCAACAACUGCCGGUCAAGUUACCAUAGGGGUAAUUCUUACCAUUGGUGCAUUAGACUUGACGUAUUCAUUGCCCCCCCCUCCCUAUUCACGAGACUAAUUCCUCCUGUAUGUUUGCACCUAGAUGCAACAUUAA